AUGUUAUUGAUAUUGCCUAACUAGAAAAGUACCCCACAUGUUGAUAAAAGCCUUUUUUUUAAACAAAGCCCAUAAAUUUCCAAACUAGAGAGUAGAGAAAAUUACUAUUAAAACAAUAAAGAUCAAUUUUUCAAUCAGCUGCAUGUAAGGAAGAAUAAUCUUGAUGUCAUUUCUGCAUUUGAAAUUAAGAUUUGGGAAAGUCUUAUAGAUUAAAUAACUAUUACUAAAAAUUCACAAAUUCAUUUCAUAUUUAAUCUUGAUACUUUUUAAGGAGUUUUAAGAGAAAAUCUUUACACUAAAGUAGUCUAUUUGGGUAAUGAAGUUAAUGCACUCUUUGAAGUAUUUGUUGAGAAUGUGCGUAAACCAUUGGAUAUGUUUAAGGUUUUUAUUCCCAUCAGGUUGAAUGAGAGUUAGAACUUUUAACUUUAUCUAAGAAUUACUUUAUUUGAAGAACCAAAGGUAGUUAAUUUUAAUUUAAUGCUGCGCAAGGUUCUGCAUAGUUAUUAUUAUGAUGAGAGAAGGAAUCUAUAAAAUCAUAAGAUUAGGGAUUUCUAACUAGAUUCAUAUGAAUUCAUAUAAUCGGAUAUUUAAAAGUGUUCAGUUUAUAUGUUGAAUAAGUUGAAAAAGUAAUUGAAAUAGAAUCCAAGCACAUUUGCCGUUUAAGAUGUUUUGGGGGAUGAAAAAUGUCCUUAAGUAAUUAAAGUUAACGCUAAUUAUAAGUAAUAUGCUGAAUUUAAAUAAUAUUAAUAUGUAUUAUUGAAGAGAUAGAUUUUUACAAUGAGACCAACCCAAACCUAUGUUUCAAUUUUUUACUAAGAAAUAGGAAAAAGUUUCAUUUAUAUUUUUCAAGUAUGA